AUGGACCUGCAGGAAGAAAGGCUCCUCCUCCGUCCAAUGGCUCCACCUCCGGAAGCCAUACUUCGGGCCCGCCAUCGUGAGUUUCACGUUUACCUCUCUUGGUGCAUCUAUCUUCCACAUCAGGUACAAAAGCCGUUGAAUCUGGCUGGAAUUGUUGAAGUCAAUAAAAGGCCUCGCGUCAUGUGAUCUUCCCGUGUCCAAACCUCGCUUUCCUUCCAGACUAUGUUGCACCGUCAUUUCGGUCAUUGAAGCCAAAUACUCAUUUUGAAACCACCAGAAUCGAUCAAUGGAUAUCCGACAGCGCUGCUGCUGCCGCCGCACAAUACCCAUGGCAUCCUAUCAUGUCGGACAUCCACCGGCACGAGGAGCCAAACUGCAUGUUCACCACUGAUCAGUUCAGACCGACAAGCCCCAGCUACUUUCAUCUGAUUCCAACAUGCCUCGAUCUUUUUAUGGAACAUAUAUACCCCAUCAUGCCUCUCGUACACAUGCCAACUCUCCGAGCAUCCAUCAAUCGACCCCUGGAGAUGUUUGAGAAGAACCUUCUCUAUUCUCUUUGUGCUCUCACAUCAACUCAUAUGUCGGGUAAGAACACCCUGGCUCCAGGGCCGCCUUCAUGGGAAGCUGCCGGGCGUUUCUUCCUGGACGAGUGUAUCUCAGUUCGACAAUGUUACGAUUUCGUUGAGGACAAGUCGCUAUCCGCAGUCAUCUCUUCAUAUUUCAUACACACAGCAUUCUUCGAGCUGAACCAAAAUCGAAAGUCCUGGUAUUAUUUGCGGGAAGCCUUGACAUUAGGCCAAGAUCUUAUGCUCCACAACGAAAAUUCAUAUGUCGGUCUGGCACCUGCAGAAGCUCUGUGCCGCCGUCGAACGUUUUGGAUUCUCUACGUUACCGAAAGAUCCUACGCCAUCCUCCGCCAUAAACCCCUCACCCUCUCCAAAACGCCCGAAUUCCCCACCACCUUGCACGACUAUGAACUCCCCGAAAUCCACGACGGCUUCAUGCGUCUCGUAAACUCCUACCACCUCCUCGACUCCUCCUUUGUCGACUCUUGGAACGAAUCCAGCGGUGCUCCUGCCUCAACACUCACAUACACCACCCUCCAACGACAACUCAACCGCCCGCCGCUCUCCGACGUCUCCAUCACCGACAUCCAAAAGGCCGACAUCCUCAUCACGCAACAAUGGCUCCGCCUCAUCGUCUGGCAAUCCUCCAUGCGCCAGGGCCUCCUUUCCUCCACCGCCGAAGACGAAAGCAUGACCUUCCGCUACCCGCUAAAGAUCGCGCACUCCCUGCUCAACGUCAUCUCCUCACUCCCCACCACCUCGAUCGAAGUCCACGGCAUGGGCAUAUUCGAAAAGAUCUUCGAGAUCGGGAACACAAUGUUAGACGUGAUGCAAGCGUGCGGGACUAGCCUGCCGAAUGAAACUUAUGGCGUGGCGCAAGAUCCGUUCGAGGUGUUUGUGAAGACGUUGAGCCAGACGCCAAAUUCGCAGAGGCAGUAUGCGAAUCUUUUGCUCGCGAAGGCGGCGGAGAAGCCGCAGUUUCAGCGCUUGACGCAAACCUUAACCCCACCUUUAUCCUUGUCUGGCAAUCCGAUGCUCCCUACUCAUCCUCCUGUGGACUUCAUGGGUUUGGGACAGACGACUGGGAACAAUUUGAUGCCGCCCGCGCAACAGCAAUGGCGCGGCAGUAUUGUGGGAGAGAUUGGAGAGGACGGGACGUAUAAGGUUGCCGACGAUGCGGCUGAGGAGCGGCAGGCAGUGUGGGCGGAUAAUGCCAUCUGGAUCCCGGAGACGGUGGCGUCUGUUAGUGAUGAUGACGGGAUGGUGGGGAUGGAUGAAGGUGUUUGGAUUGGCAAGGCUAAAUGACUUUGCAUCGGAUGGACGGAUUUGGGAACAGAUCAUUAGAUCUGAGGUUAGGGCUUUCGAAAUGGGUUGUUCAUACGCGCUUGCGAGGAUCGGGGGAUGGAUGUACGAUUAUGAUCGUGAUGGAUUAUGCUUUAUGCCUAGUAGUUUUCCUGUAUGUAGUUGCAGUUGAGUGUCGAUAUAGCGAGAUAGGAAUAAGCCAAACUGGGCUUGACGCUCAGACAUGAAUACCAUAGUGUUUGUCUCUGGUU